AUGUCAAUUGUCGCAGUCGGUGCUCUCUAUGUGGACACUAUUCUGACAACUCCACAUUGCCCUGAAGAAGAUGAAAAAUUACGUGCAUCACAUAUUUCUAUAAGGCGGGGUGGGAACUGUCCCAACACCCUCGAAGUGCUGCAGCAGCUCGCAAAUACGGCAUCCGAACACCUUCCGUUAAAUUUAGUUACAGUGCUCCCAACGAAAUCGUCCGCUAUCUGCCAGAAAAUUACGUCCGAGUUGGAACAGUACGUCAAUAUGCAGCAUUGCAUUUAUCGAGAGGAAUUUAGCGAACCGGCUUCGAGUUAUAUCAUCAAGAGCCAGUCAACUGGUAGCCGAACGAUUGUGAACUAUAAUGAGCUUCCUGACCUGACGGUGGAUGAAUUCAUUCAUUCUGCAAGUAAAUUAGCUCAUGGCACGGCUUGGUUUCAUUUUGAGGGUAGAACUCCGGAUGUGAUUCUUGCCUGCAUAUGCUAUCUACAAAAGAAUUUCCCUUCUGUUCGUGUCAGUGUUGAGGUCGAGAAACCCGGUCGGGUAGGUCUUCAGGAGUUGGCAAAGGCAGCAAACGUGGUGUUCUAUUCAAAAUCAUGGGCAACUGUUAAAGGAUAUUCAUCUGCAGAGGCAUGUUUGCUGGAGCAAUCCACGCAGGCACCGAAUGCAUCGCUACUCUGCUGUACAUGGGGGAAAGAUGGUGCUUGCGCUCUUGAACCAGCUACAGGGAAGUUCGUGCAUGCUCCAGCGUACACGGAAGAUAAUUUUCAGGUGAUCGACCCAAUUGGCGCAGGAGACACAUUUAUUGCUGGAAUGCUGUAUGCAAUGAAUUGUAAAGAAAAGGAAUGGGAUAUUUCACAAAAGCUCAAGUUCGCAAAUCGCUUGGCGGGUAUCAAGGUAUCCCAGGAAGGGUUUUCAGGACUAGGUCGAGCAAUACUGCUAUAG